AUGGCCUGCCGUCGUCGAUAUUGGGCGACAUCUUUGUUGGCUUUGCUCUUUGCGGCCCUAGCGAGUAUCGCUUCAGGAGAGCAGCAUGGCGCUGAUGGAGGAGUUUGCAAGGUCGCUCGAGUCGACAAGCGGCGACUUUUCGUCUUGACCGACAUUGCCAAUGAGCCCGACGAUGCCCAGUCGCUCGUCCGCCUCAUGGUGUACGCCAACGAGUUUCGGAUCGAGGGCCUUGUGGCCACCACCAGCUAUUGGUUGAACGACACCGUGCGGCCGGACCAGAUCCACGACAUCGUCCAGGCGUACGGCGAAACACUCCCUAACCUGAAGCAGCACGCGAGCGGUUGGCCAGAGGUCGACCAGCUGGUGCCCCUGAUUAAGUCCGGCUCGACGCUCUAUGGUAUGGCGGGCGUCGGACCCGGCCAGGACACCGAAGGCUCCAAGCUGCUGGUCGAGGCCGUCGAUGCCUCGGAGGAACGUCUCUGGGUCCCCAUCUGGGGCGGAUCAAAUGUCCUUGCACAGGCACUAUGGCACGUCAACGCGACGAGGUCACCGGCCGAGGUUGACCGGUUCGUGUCCAAGCUGAGGGUCUACGCCAUCUCGGACCAAGACAACAGCGGUCCAUGGAUCCGUCGUAACUGGCCGGGUCUGUUCUACAUCGCCAGCGUGCACCACUUCAACCGCUAUGCCCACGCGGCGUGGGGUGGCAUUUCCGGCGACAACUAUUACCAUUUCCCCAGCACGGCCAGCGUCGAGACCAUCUCGGACUCGUGGCUGAAGAAAAACAUCCAGAUCGGGCCGUUGGGCGCCAAGUACCCCGACAGCGAAUUCAUCAUUGAAGGUGAUACUCCUUCAUUGCUCUAUAUGAUCCCCAACGGCCUGUCGGACCCCCAGUAUCCUGAAUGGGGUUCUUGGGGUGGUCGCUAUGGCCCUGUCGUGUGGGGAGAGGGUCAUUUCGCCGACAGCAUCGACAUCAUCACCGAUGAGGCUGGCGGCAGGACCAUCAUGGAUUCGCACGCUACUGUUUGGCGGUGGCGAAGCGCGUUCCAGAAUGAUUUCAAAGCUCGCAUGCAAUGGACCAUGCAACCGGCCUUCUCCGGCGCCAGUCAUGCGCCCGUGCCCGUCGUCAAUGGCAGUGCCACCGACGCUGUUCUAAGAAUCAAUGUGGAGGCCGGUCAAUCUCUGGUCCUGGACGCCUCCCAGGCGUGCGACCCCGACGGCGACGGCACCAAGCUCUCGUUCAAAUGGUGGCAGUACAAGGAACCCAGCUCAAACAACAACAACCCGAAACGGGAUGUCUCCGAAGUCGGCUUCGACUCACAGAACUCGGCUAAAGUGACCAUUCAAGUCCCCGAAGAGUCUGUCCUACGUCGCCCGGGGAGAGGCGCCCAUCCUGGUGCUGACAAACACAUGCACAUCAUCUUGGAAGUGUCAAACGAGAACCUGGUGGCGUAUCGAAGAAUCGUCCUUACCAGUCGAAAGGAUGUCACAGCAGGUGAAUCAUCAAAUGCUCCUCACGACGAGCUUUGA